AUGAAGUCCAUAGAGAAGGUAAUUGCCUUAGGGAAGGAUUUUGGACUUUUCCUAGCAUACAGUUGCGCUUAUUGCAUUAGCGUUUUCUUUGAAUAUACCAUUUCCUGGAUACCGCCUCUUUAUGGAAUCCUUAAACGUAUUAUUACGUUUUUUCGGGCCUUAUUUUUUGCUCCCCUCCGUAUUAUCAUAAAGGUUGUACUUCAGUUAUUUCUGCUACCGGUGAAUGUACCGCUGAGGCUGUUAUUAGGUACGUCCCUGCAGCAGAUUUUGUUGCAUACCACGAGUUGGACUGAUGGUUAUGUCAUUGUUACAAUUUUACAAUAUUGGUUAGCAUUGACGAUAUUAGGAGUCUUGAUUGGAGCUAUCUGUGGAACUUCUCUCAGCGUCGUACACUCUAUAUGGGGAAUUCCUGAUAUUUACAUUGAAAUACCCAUAAGAUUUUGGAAACUUAUACCAUCUUUAAGUGUGUGGUUGAAAAACCAUUUACCAUUAUAUAAUAACGUUGAGACUCAACUCAAUGGGAAGGGACCAGAAUUCAAAGGUGCUCCACCGUCACCUCUCUCAACCCCUUCAUCACCACCGCCACAAACGCCGAUUAUGGUUGACUCAGAACUUUCAAAAAUGCCGGCUACACCAAAACAUCAAUCUAAUUCCAAGAAAUGUUCAAGACCUCCUAGCAUUUCAAAAGGAAGCAUUUUGAAGGUUGCCUCCAAAUUACCUAGCGAUUUUUUCCAACAGGUGCAAUCUGAGGGCAAGUUUGACGAAGAAAUCCAACGAUACAUGUCCCCAGGUGAAUCUUCUCAGGAUACUACGCAGGAUUCAAGUGCAGAAUUUACAGAUCUUUGGGACAAGGUGGAAGAAUCGCCAACUACCUUGAAAACUGAGGACGGUUUGGCUACCCUUUCGAGACGAAGAAAUUUUCUGGACUCUGAUGGAAAUAGAAAGCUUGACGUUAAAUAA